CGACCGGAAGCAGUUUGCGUGUCAAAGGUUGAGCACAUUGUUCCUCGGCGGUACAGUCUGUUUCAAACCGUAAUGAAUGAAGUUUUACUCGAAUAACAUAUCCAGCGCGCAUUUUACACACACGGAGAGAAAGAGAGAGAGAGACUGUGACGUUUUUUCCGUACAUAACAUCAUACAAAGAGUUCAUCUUAUUUGAGUUUAUAGACCAGAACAGAGAUGGCUGGAAUUCUGUUUGAAGAUAUUUUUGAUGUAAAGGACAUCGAUCCCGAUGGCAAGAAGUUUGACAGAGUGUCUCGUCUACAUUGCGAAAGUGAAUCUUUUAAGAUGGACCUCAUCUUGGAUGUGAACAUUCAGAUCUAUCCUGUUGAUCUUGGUGACAAGUUCAGACUGGUUAUUGCCAGCACGUUAUAUGAAGAUGGAACACCAGAUGACGGAGAGUACAAUCCUCAGGAUGACCGGCCAUCUAGAGCUGACCAGUUUGAUUAUGUGAUGUAUGGGAAGGUUUACAAGAUUGAGGGCGAUGAGACUUCAACAGAAGCAGCAACACGACUCUCUGCCUACGUGUCUUACGGCGGCCUCCUCAUGAGGCUGCAGGGAGACGCCAACAACCUUCAUGGCUUUGAGGUGGACUCCAGGGUCUACCUACUCAUGAAGAAACUGGCCUUCUAGAACCAAACUCUGCUCAGCCACUCACCCCGGUUCUUCCAGUGCCACAGUCAACCUUUAAAGUCAUGCUGAGCUGCAUACUGAAAACAUUAAUGUUUCCGAGUCUGGAGCACAUGACCAUCACAGAGAGCAACUCACAGACAGAACACAUGGCGGCUGAAGAAAACAUAUUUAGUUUUUUUAUUCUGGUAGUUACAAAGUGUUUUCUCUAAGGAGAUGGACUACCGACUAAAGACUGUGACACGUAAGAACUGCUGCAACCUCCAUCUGCUGGCAAACUGUAAAUAAAGAUUCCUUUUAUACAAAAUGAUUUAAUCAUUUAA